AUGACCAGGGAGUACCAGCUCGCGUCCAGCCAGCACCAGUUCCGCAUCCUGCUGCUGGGGGACGCGGACGUAGGCAAGACUUCGCUUCUGCGGCGCUACAUCGAGGGAGACUUCGGGGCUGAUGCGCCCCCCAGCUCCACGGUGGGUGUCGAGUUCUACAGCCGGAUGCUGAAGCUGGCGUCGGGUCCGAGGGUCAAGCUGCAGUUCUGGGACACGGCAGGGGACGAACGCUACAGGUGCAUCACUCGGUCCUUCUACCGGAAUACCGUGGGUGUCCUGCUAGUCUUUGAUGUGACCAACAGGAAGUCCUUUAAGCACGUAGAAGACUGGUACCAGGAAGUGGCAUCUGUGCAGGGCCCAGACAAGGUGGUCUUCUUGCUGGUUGGUCACAAGUGUGACCUACAGCAGGCUCGUCAGGUGUCAAGCCAGGAAGCAGAGACUUUAGCUGCAGUUUGGGGCAUGUCGUUCCUGGAGACCUCAGCCAAGACAGACUGCAAUGUGACUCUGGCCUUCGAGACCCUUGUCCAUGAAAUCCAGCAGGCCCUCCAGAAGGGGGAGAUCAAAGUGGAUGGAUCCUGGGGAGGAAUCAGGGUCCUUCGCAGAGCCCAGCCUCCCCUCAACCAGAGGAGAAACAAGCCAUCUGGGCAAUGUCAGUGUUGACUCAGGGAACUGGGUCAAGAGAGACAGAACAGACACAGGGAACCAAACCAGAGCUGGUUAGUCCCAUCCCCAAAGACCCAAAGACCCUCGAAACUGGAAGAAACUUUAGGUUGUCUUUUCUAGCAUUCUCAUUUUGCAGAGAAAAAUGGUGAAGCUCAGAAAGGCUCAGUUCUUUCCCAGAAGGGUCUGCAGGUUGCCUCUUCCUUCCUGCCCAUGACCCUCAGCCUGGAGAAAGGUCAGGUAUCAUUUGAUCAUUGUUCAGAGCUUUUCUGAACCAACCCUAUUCUAUUCCUCUGAUUGUGGCCAAGGACCUGAUAAUUUCUGUCUGAGCCUGUCAAUAAACAAGGGCUGGAAGUGGC